UAGUGUAGGACUUUUUCAGAAAUAGUGAAGCCGACGUCAAAAAAAAAAAGAGAGAGGUUUAAGCUCUUUCUUGUUUGUUCUGCAUAUACCGCACUCUGUUGGGGUUUCUUCUUUUGCUUUCGUCAACUUGUCGAUCUUGAUGCCGUUCAACAUUUUGGAGCUGAACAAUGAGCUGCUCACUGCCAUUGCAGGUCAUUUACCCGUUGACGAUUUAAAAACUUUUUCGAUCGUCUGUCAUCGAUUUGCCGUGAUUGCCCACGACGAUUCAACAUGGCGAGAAAUGCUCUACAAUGGAUUCGGCGUCACAUACAAGCUUCCAGAUAAUACGUGGAAACAGCAGUACGAACGUAAAUGCAGCGAUCCACAGCAUAACCGGAUCUGUCCUCACCUCGGUAUGGUCUCGAGAAAGACGUUGGAGCCUUACAAAGCUCCUUACAACAACGUGAUACACCGGGAUCCUCCUCGACACAACUGUGCAACGUGUGGUCAGAACCAUUAUCAGUCUGGCCUUUGCUUGUAUAUCUACCAGGGCAACAUCCGUAUCCGCUGUAAGGAAUGCGCUUAUCGAUUUCAUGCCAUGGCACCCAAUCGUCAUGGUAUUUUGCUUCGUAUUCCGGUGCUGCAGAUGUAUUGCUUCACAUGUUCUCGACAGCUCGGUGAAGCGCGUGGCGAUGAAAGCGAGGAACACUAUGUAGACUAUCUGCUGGAAUCAAUUACGCAAGAUAGCGAACUUGGACGGCAGCAGCUUGGUAAGCGACGGCAAUGCAUGUUUGAGCGUGAACUGAAUGUCAGCGAAGCAGACCGAAAAUCGGUUUUAUCGUCCACGCCAUGUUUUUAUUUUGUCGACCGAAUGUGGCUUUGGGCUUGGUUUUUGCGCUUGUGUGAUGGCAAGUUGGCCACGGAACCAAUUACGAACAAAGCUUUGGAGGAUGAAGAAGGCAAAUUAAAUUGUGAUGCUCGACCUCGCGGAGGAUUCACAGUAGCUUUCAGUAUCGUCACACCCCGUCUCUGGAACUAUCUGGUCAAGACGUAUGGUCUUUCUGGAAAAGCUUUUCAAUCAAACGAGGUUCAGGGACGCCCGGAAUAUGCGGAAAUGUGGAAAGCGAUUGAAGACUGGAAACUCAUAUAGUAGAAAAAUACAAUGUAGAUCAUGAUCAUAAUUAUAUACCCCCCCCCCCUUC